AUGAAUGAUGUCUCGGUCUGGACCGUAUCCGGUGAAUAUUUUCAUCUUGAGCCAAAACUCAUACCAUUAAAUAUACUUGUCGCUGUUUCCAGUCCGGUGACAGUAGAGGUAUCUGAUUCAGCACCUCUGGCAAGUUGGCCCGGAGUUGAGGGUCUCUCGGGAUAUGAUGAAGGUAAUUAUCUGAUGGUCUUGUUUCUUGCAUGGGCGUAUGUCCUUUCUGCACGGUGGGCGGAAUCAUUGGCGCAUUCCCCGGAGCAUUGUGCACGAAAACGAAGCGAUAUCAGUGCCGAAGAAGCGAGUUGGUGGAAUGCCAUACUAUCUCCUAGCAGAAGCUGGGAGAUUACGACAGAAUAUAACCAUAGAUCAUGCAUGUCGCCUUGGUCUGUUCAGCUCUCAGAUAAAGUACACAUAAGCCUUGCAAAACACCCUUCACUCGAGAAUCCUGAACCACCAUCAUCCGACAUCGCUCUGGAGUGCCUGUCCAGAUUCUGCUCUCGUCACCGUCUUCACGGUCAAUGCUCCGCUUCUCUGGCCGCUGCGCUCUAUAUCCCCUUCCUUAAUGGUAGAUCGGUCACGCCUCCUCUUCCAACGCUAGUUUUGCGAGCUCAAUCAGCCUCGACCUCCCAAUGGGCACAGGUCUCAGACCUAAUUUCAGAGCAUGAAAGACUUCUUAGCUACUACAUGACGCUGAGCUGCAAUACAUGGGGCAUGCGGUCUUUGCUAUGCAGCACAUUUUUUGAUGCGCGGGUCGAAUGCAAUCUCGUCAGCGCCUGUAUCAACUCUGCAUUUGUAGUAAUAAAUCUACUGGUUAAAGAAGAGAGUUUUAUUAUGCUCGCGAAGGUUCUGGCAAAACACGACCCAGAAUUAGCUAGCCUGUGGUUCGGGGCGAUACUUGUGGGAACAGCUAGGUCUAUAUUGCAAAAUAUCCGAAUUGGACUGACAGCACUUGAGCUCAACGCAUCUGCUUGGACGAGAAUCGAACAAUCGUUUAUUACUGGGAAGCCAAAUAUCACAAUGAGGAGCACGCUAGAUUGCCAAACACGGCUUCACGAUACGGAGCUUUCAGUACAGCUACACUCAAAUUGUAUCGGUCAUUCUCUGAAUUAUCAGUAUUGGGGUUGGUGUCUGAGAAAUGGCGAGAUGCUCAAAGACGCGGGCAUGAACAUUUCUGCUAUUGAAGCUAAUCCACCCACACGCGAAUUGAACGAUGCUCCCCCAGCACAACCUGACUGCGACCUGUCCUCUCAGUUAGUUUUAGAGUCUGCCACACGUGGAAUAUUCGAGUGGCUACGGUCAACGGGGUACCCAGUAAGCGAAAAAUCUUUAUAUCAACAUUCAUGGAUUGGUUGCGAGAGCUCGGAGGAAGAUGAUAUUAAAUCCGAUAUUGCUAAAGAAUCUGCCUCUCUAACAUUCGUCGACAAGUGGCUUAGUGGAACUAUAGAUUGA